GGGAAUACCAGAAAUAGUUUCAGUGGAAACACCAGAAAAAGCUCCUAAUGAAAAAUCAGAAACAUUGGCAGAGAAAACUGAAGAAUCAUCACCCAAGGAAACACUAGAAACUGAAACUGGGGAAACAAGAGAAACUCUACAUGAGGAAACAUCAGAAAUAGUUCCUUAUGUAACACCCAAAUCUGUACCUGGGGAAACACCCAAAUCUGUACCUGAGGAAACACCAGAAGUAGUUCUUGGUGAAAAACCAGACACUGCACUUAUGGAAACAUCAGACACAUUGCCAGCAGAAACACUCGAAACUGUAGCAGAGGAAAUACCAGAUAUUAAAACUGAGGAAACAUCAGAAACUGUUACAAAGGAAACACCUGGAACUGCAACAGAAGAAACACCAGAAACUGCAGUAGAGGAAAUACCAGAAACUGAAACUGAGGAAACAACAGAAACUCUACCUGAGGAAACACCAAAAAUAGUUCCUGAUGAAUCUCCAGAAAUAGUUCCUGAGGAAAAACCAGAUAUAGUGCUAGAAGAAACACCAGAAUCUUUAACAGAGGGAACACCAAAAUCUUUUACUGAGGAAACACAAGAAAUUGAAGCUGAUGAAACACUAGAAGCUGAGGAAAUAUCAGAAACAGUAUCUGAGGGAACAUCAAAAAUAGUUCCUGAUGAAAAACCAGAUACAGAGGCAGAAGAAACUGUUACUGAGGAAACACCAGAAAGAGUUUCUGAUGAGACAUCAUAUGCAGUGGCAGAUGAAAUACCAAAAACUGUUACUAAGGAAACACAAGAAAUUGAAACUGAUGGAACACCA